AUGCUGAGAAGGCAGCUGCGCGUGUCAACGCAGCUGAUCUUGACGACGCCCAUCCAGAAGAUGCUUCUUCUUCUGCCGCUGCGUCUCUCGUGGCAGACGAUGCUUUUUCUGCUGCCGCUGCAUCUCUUCCUGCAGCAUCAGUUUCUGCAGAUGCACGUGGUGACUCACCACGUGCUAAUGAUGAUGGCUUCCAAGUUGAGCUCAUUUAUUCGGGAGAGGGCGGCCGAAUACGAGCCUACGAAUAGAACUCGAGCGGGUAUUCAGACUCAUAGUCACUACGAGAGUAUGAUUAGGUCGGAGGAUGAGCAUGCUGACUCAUCCCCCGCGCCUGCUACUACGCAUCUGCUUUCCAGCGAAUGCGGUGAUGACUUGCAUCAUCGUGAUGACGUUUCUAGUGGUACCAAGACUUCUGUUGCUACCACGCAGGAGGCUGUAGACGACAAUAUGCUGUCUAGCCCCUGA